CUGCCUCACCACAGGCGGUGAAGGCAGCAGCCUAGCUUACAGACUAUAGGGGUUAUAUAAGGGGUUUGCAGGUAGCUGGGGCUAGUCUAAGAAAAACUGCCUCUUGGUUCUUAAAUGCUAACAUCCUGCUUAAUUGGGUUGCCAUCCUGGGUUCGAGGGCCGGGUGUGACCACAUCCUGGAACCCAGGCGACCUGUUUGCAAAGCGUGAGGCUGUUUUUGCUGUGAGCUCGGCUUAGCAGGAGAGAACAGGGAGGGGGGUCUAUGGGCUUGCCUUGCUGUGACCCUAACAUUCCAGCCUUUUGUUAUAUCUAUAAAAGAAAGAGAGAAGGGGUGACAUUUGUUUCUAGCUGCUUCAUGCUAGGUAGGGAUGCUGGUUGGGGUGAGGCUGGCUUGCAAGUUGGUAGUCCUGGAAUACCAUCAUGUUUUGUAUUGUGCUGCGAGUAAAGGCUUAUAAUUGAUUGUGCAAAAACUGGGUGAAAAGGCAUAAGAGACAAGGGCCAAAGACCAAGAGGAGGAGGAGAGUUAUAGCAGGGCCAAGGAGGAGAAGCAGCCAAGGGGCCCAGGAACCGAGAGACCAGCCGGGCUAGGAGGGCCAGGCAGAAGAAUUGUUUUCUUUUGUUUUUUUGGGCUCAGUCUUCAAGUCUUUUGGUUGCAUCUUGCACUAUUCGGAUUGGUUGAGAUAGAAACACCAUUGUUCAUCUAGGAAGUCGCCGAGACCUCCUUUUUCGGCGGUAAGUAGAUAGAGGCUUCUUUGGUUCUGGAGGACAGCUGCGGCCAGUAGUGAAUCUAUUUGUGUUUGGUGGUUAGAAAUGGACUUGGCCAUGUCCUCUAUAAUGUCUGUAAGGUCUUUGGAGAGGGAGGGAUAGUAGGAGAGAGUUGGAAAACCUGGCAUUUCCUGUUGCAAUGCCUGUAGUCCUGUAGCUAUUCCUAGUCCCACAAGCAGAGGUAUGAGCUGCACCGCCCAGUGGUGCCAGAUAGGAGUGUUGACCAGGAUGGGUAAGGAUUGUUACCUGGGACUAUACUCAUUUUUUGGGCUGAGGAAUACUAGGGUGCAGGUGCCAGUCCAAUUAGUGGGGAGGCAAAUAUAGGUGGAGGUGCCGCUAAAAAAGAAGACACCUUGGCUUGGCAGACGGAAUUGUGUAUGUUGAAGAGAUGUGAAAAUUUGUUGUUCUUUAGGAGCCAUACUCCUAACGUCCCUGCAAGUGUGGCUGCAAUGAGUGGGAGUAGGGGUGCAUUAUGAGGGGUUUGAGUGCCCUGCAGUGCCGCAUUUUCCCAGUGUAGUAAGAAGCGUUUGGUGUCUACCAGAAUCCAGUGAGAGGAGUUAUUGGCAAAGAAUGGGUGGAGGAGACAGUCUGGAGUUCUAGAUGACUCAGUUUCACAGGAGGGCAGCCAGGGAUGGAGUUUUAAGCAGGAAAGGUGUGUGCCGUUGCAGAAGCCUGACUUCUUAUUAAGGAGUAGGGUGAUGUUGAGUUUUGGGGGGCUUGAAAAGCAGAGAGUAGUUUUGAAUAUGUUUUGGUUGGUAUGACCAGCGGAGGGUUUGAGUUGUAAAGUGAAGUUUACACUGUUGGGGGGGCAGGUGGCCUAGGAGGUGGCCAGUUGGGGAAUGGCGUAGAAAGCACAGUGGGGCCUGAGAGAGCAGAGCUGUUUGUGUGGUGAUGGGGUUUAGUAGAGGCUGAGUUUGAUUGAUAUUGGGAGUAAGGGAGGUGAGAAAUGGGUGUAAUAACAGAACUGCUUGUCCAGUGGGAGAUGGAGGUUUGUUAUGCUCUGUGAAGGAUUCAGAGAGUUGUAUUAGUUGCUAUAAAUUAUAUUGGAAAGGCCUCCCUAAUUGAAAGUGGGGUGAUAGUUUACUCUGGUAUGGAUCCAGUCUUUUGUGGGAACAGGGAUGGCAAUAUAGACAGUGUCUGAGACAGAGACACAGCCAACAGUUGCUUGCCAGAGCUGGGUUAGACUGGUUUAGUUGGCACCGAGUUGAGUUGAGACUGUGGUGAAGGUAGUGUGCCAAGGGAAUGGGGUAGGUGUUGGUGAGAGAGGGGGUAGGAAUAGCAAAUAAGCAAAGGGUAAGGAUGAAGGUAAAAAACUGGACUUCAUCUGGGGUGAAAUUGCAGAGGGUGCCUUGGAAGAUAAGGUCAGCUAUCCAAUCUAGAAAUGGGGAGAGAGUAGGUUCUUUUGGAAAGAACCAUGCAAUAUCCUCCCUGAGAUGGUGAAGGAGGAGAAUGAAGCGAUAAGAAGAACAGAGACAGGGCAUAAAAAAAAAAAAGAGGGGGCAGUUAUUUACCAGCAAUUGUUAUUCCUGCUAUUAGUGCAAUGAUUAGGCAAAAAAUUAUGGCAAUGAAGGCUCUCUGCUGUUCCACGUUGAGGGGGCUACAGUAUCUAUACCUACUGCAAACAAGAGGGUGAGUGAGGCAGCUCCCCUAAGAAGGAUGUAGUAAGCAAUUUCCAUUUAAGGGUGUUAUAACACUUGAUUUGUAAAAAAGGAGCAGGAACAAAUAGAGAGGGGGUAAUUUUGCCUAAUUGUCUGGUGGCAGUCCCUCUGGAUGUAAGGCAGAAUCUGGUUGGCCCGAGCAUGACGCUGGAGUAUUGAUGAGUGAUUGGCGGGGAAGGAGUAGACGGACCAGUGGGGGCCUCAGGGGCCCGAUUUCACCUGGAGAGAUGAUACCAAGAAGUGUGUCCUGAGAAUUUGGCCACCGUGGGGGUAGUGAGGAGAACCUGGAAGGGGCCUUCUCAUUUUGGUUUAAGGCUUGUGGGAUCAAGGGUUUUUAGAAAAACACAUUUUCCUGGGAGUAGGGCCUGGUUAACUGGGCCUUUGUGAGGCCUUGGGAGGGUCCGAUUGGUAUGUUGGCGGAGGAGGUGUCAGAUGAGAGAGAGUGUCGAGGGAUAUUCUCCUAGUUGAUAGUUAGGAGGGGGCCUGUAUUGUAAGAGGAAAGGGCGUCCAUACAUUAACUCCAAUGGGCCGAGGAAGAUGGGUGCAUUUGGGCUGGCUCUGACUCGGGCUAGAGCUAUGGGAAGAAGGGAGGUUCAGGGCUUUUGGACUUCGAGAGUGAGUUUGGCUAAUUGAGUUUUAAGGAUUCCACUUGCCCUUUCGACUUUUCCAGAUGACUGGGGUCAGUAUGGGAUAUGCAGGCGCCACUGGAUGCCAAGGGACUGAGGCUUGUUGGGUGAUUUGGGAGAUGAAGCUAGGGCUGUUGUCUGAUUGUAUGGAGCGCGGGAGACCCAAUUUAGGGAUGAUUUCUCUUCAAAGAAUUUGAGAGACUACUGCAGCCUUUUCUGAGGAGGUGGGGAACGCUUCCACCCACCCAGAGAACACUUCCACCCACCCCUUCUAUAAGGAGAUACAGGUUUACUCCGGAGCAGCAGCAGCUGGUGGAGCAAUGGAGAUGCAAUCCUAUUAUGCCAAGCUUUUGGGGGAGCUGAAUGAACAGAGAAAGAGGGACUUUUUCUGUGACUGCAGCAUCAUUGUGGAAGGGCGGAUCUUCAAGGCCCACAGGAACAUUUUAUUUGCUAACAGUGGCUACUUCCGAGCCCUGCUCAUUCACUAUAUCCAGGACAGCGGGCGGCAUAGCACUGCCUCCUUGGACAUUGUCACCUCUGAUGCCUUCUCCACCAUCUUAGAUUUCCUCUAUUCUGGGAAGUUGGAUUUGUGUGGGGAGAAUGUGAUUGAAGUGAUGUCAGCUGCCAGCUACCUGCAGAUGAAUGACGUGGUGAACUUCUGCAAGACAUAUAUCAGGUCAUCCCUCGACAUUUGCCGAAAGAUGGAGAAGGAGGCUGCUGUGGCUGCAGCAGUGGCAGCGGCAGCGGCGGCGGCUGCAGCAGCGGCUGCAGCGGCAGCUCAUCAGGUUGACAGUGGAAGCCCCAGUUCAUGCCGAGAGGGGACCUCCUGUGGUACCAAGAGCUUGGUCUCCUCUCCAGCCAAAGGAGAAAAGCGUGUAGACUGCCUGAGAGAGUCCCCUUGCGGUGACUGUGGAGACUGCCACCCCUUGGAACUGGUGGUGAAAGAUAGCCUUGGCUGUGGCUCGGCUGACAGUGACCUCUCUACUCCACCCAACCAGAUAGAGCCCAAGGUGGAAUUUGAUGCUGAUGAAGUGGAGGUGGAUGUUGGUGAACAGCUGCAGCAGUAUGCUGCCCCACUGAGCCUGGCUCACGUGGAGGAGGCCUUGCCCAGCGGCCAGGCAGUUGACUUGGCUUACAGCAACUACCACAUGAAGCAGUUCCUGGAGGCGCUGUUGCGCAACAGCGCUGCCCCAAGCAAAGAUGAUGCAGACCAUCACUUUUCUCGGAGUUUGGAGGGAAGACCAGAAAGUGUAGGAGUAGCCAUGAGUUCCAUGAUGGAUGUCCAGACUGACUGGUAUGGAGAGGACUCAGGUGAUGUGUUGGUGGUCCCCAUCAAGCUCCACAAGUGUCCUUUCUGCCCUUACACUGCCAAACAGAAGGGCAUCCUCAAGCGGCACAUCCGUUCACACACGGGCGAGCGGCCCUACCCCUGUGAGACCUGCGGCAAGAGGUUCACGCGACAGGAGCACCUGCGGAGCCACGCCUUGAGUGUCCACAGAUCCAACCGUCCAAUCAUCUGCAAGGGCUGCAGAAGAACAUUCACGAGUCAUCUGUCCCAGGGGCUGCGGCGCUUUGGGCUGUGUGACAGCUGCACCUGCGUUACAGACACACCCGACGAUGACGAUGAUUUGAUGCCCAUCAAUCUUAGCUUGGUGGAAGCUUCAUCCGAAAGCCAAGAAAAGAGUGAUACAGACAAUGACUGGCCAAUCUAUGUGGAGUCGGGUGAGGAAAAUGACCCCACUGGAGAUGAUUCUGAUGACAAACCACAAAUUCGUCCCAACUUAUCAGAUCGAGAGACACUUACGUAGCAAUAAACUGGUGGGAGAGAAGUUUUAGAACUUGUUAGUGCACACUCUGUUGCCGAAAGACACCAUUUGUCCAAUUUUGUGGAACCCUGAGAGGAACAUUUUUUCACUGUUAAUGUUAUGUGCAUUUUUAUUAGACUAUCUAAUAUAGGUUGGAUUUUGUGACUCAAAGGACAGAUAACUUUUUUGUGUGGUGCCCUUGGUUUCUGAGGGCUUUGCUGGCCACUCCUUAGUUCUGAGUGAAUCAAGGCAGGUUCUGAGGUCUCCUGUUUUUCUUGCUGUGCGUCCAAACUCUGGUUAGGAGAAAGAUAAGAAAAUAUCCAUGUUUGUUUUUCUAUUGACUCAGUCCUCUGCAUUCCUUUGUUAUCCUCUUUCUCUGAAAACCCUUAAGUUGUGGGAUCAGUUUUGCCUUUGCCAGGCCUUUCCUAAUGAAUUCCACAUUAAAUUUUCUGGCAAAGUAUUAAAGAGAAACCUUCAUUGAUAUAAAGCAGGCAGGGAGGUCUGGCUACAUGAUCAUAAAAGGUACUCUCUAAAUCUAGGACGGCAGUUUUAAAGGCUUGCAGUAUUUAUGGGUAGACAAACAUGGGGAUGAUCUGAAAGACUCAUUAUGGCAUCCUAACUUGCCCAGUUGAAUUACAUUUUAAUUUAGCCCUGAAAAGGGAGGCUGUGAGCCCAGGUCUGGAUGGUUUCCCUGUCUGGUUUGGUAUUUGACGAUUCUAUACAUACAACCUGUUCUGUUAUCAUAAAACAAGUCAUUUGGGCAAAACUCAAAAUGCUCCCCUACAUUUUCCAGCAUUUUCUAAAAGUUAGAGCUGUGUAACUUGGAAAUGUAGCCGCCCUUGACAUUCUUUUACUUAGUUUAUGCUGAUGCAGGGCAGGUGAGCCCAAAAAUUGGGGCUUAGCCCAGGGGAGCUCUUGGCUUCACCCAGGAAAUAAUUCAAGGGUGAGCCAGUGGUGUUAGACAGCAGCUUGUAUUGAAGCAGUAGUGCACAGCAGCAGCAGAGGGGCCGCUCCUCGCGGAGCAGGGCUACCCCACAGGCAGUGUGCCCAGAGUGGCAGCUCAGAGGCCAGUCGUUACUCAUAUUUAUACCCACUUUCAGUUAAAUACAAAUUAAGGAGCAGAUUAUGCAGCAAUAUUUAGGAAAGUGGUGGUAACUUCCAAGUCGCUGGGUGGUUGCCAUCAUAAGGAGCAGUGACUUCCAGGUGUUGCCAUGGCAAUGGUAAUUAACAUGGCACAGUGAUGAGCAUUUCUUAUGGAAAGCUGCUUCCUGCACCCCCCACCACCACUGCCCUGUUUUAGCUAGUCCUCAAUUUGGUCCAUGUCUGAGUCCGGUCUUUGAAGUUGAGUCCUGCCUUCUACCUCAUUGCCUAGAAUUUUAAUUGGAGGGAAAGUAUAAGCCCAUAUCACCAAGUUACAUUUCUAAAACGUUCAUCGUUCAAAAGAUCCUCGUGAGGGAAAGGGAAGGUUAGUAGUCUACUUUUAAAAGCAGUCUACUUUUCGCAGCCACACAAUUAUUGUAACAAAAGAGGCUGAAACUCUAAAGGGCUAAAGGGCAGGCAGUAUUAGGAAUUAGGAAUGUAAUUGAAGGCACUUCCCAUAGUUUUGUCUUAUGUUAAAAUAUCCAAAACAGAUUUUAAAAGAAAUCUUUUCUUCCUUUAAGUAUAGUUGUGUUUCAAAAGGUGGUAAAGUCACUUUUCUUUCUGUCUCUUGAACAACAAAAGUCAAAGACAUUAUCAGUUGGCUUGUAAAUGUUAGCCAAAGCAUAGAAAAGUGUUUAAGAGGUACUUUUCAAUAGUAGUUAAAACUGCAACAGUGUAAUUCAAACUGUGGCCCACAGAUAGGCACUGUUCUGUAAAUUGUUUUCAACCAGUCUGCUACAAGGAAUGUCAGAAAUUAAGACUAUGCACAUAGAAACAUUGAUAACACUUUGACAUUGCUGUGACUCAUGGUUUUGUCUUCUUGAGUGGGGUAUAGACCAGCUCAGGUCUGCUUAGCUAGAGACCCACAUGGUGCAGAAGUUGGAUAGUAGGACCACAUAUUGGUUUGCAGUAGAUUGGAAAUUUUAAAACUUCUUUUAACACAGGUAGUUUGAUAAAUAUCGUUCUUGACUGAGGGCAGUGGCUCGCACCUGUAAUCCUAGCACUUUGGGAGACUGAGGCAGGUGGAACAUUUGAGGUCAGGAGUUUGAGACCAACCUGGCUAACAUGGCGAAACCCCUACAAAAGCUAGCCAGGAGUGGUGGCACGUGCCUGUAAUCCCAGCUACAAGCAUCACUUGAGCCCAGGAGGCAGAGGUUGCAGUGAACUGAGAUCGUGCCCUGCCCUCCAGCCUGGGCAACAGAGUGAAACCCUGUCUCAAAAAAUAAAUAAAUAAGAAA